AUGUGGAUUCAGAGUUUUGCUGGAAUUGGAUAUUUAUUCGGCAGCAUUUCUCCGAUCAUUAAAAGCUCUCUUAAUUAUAAUCAGAGGCAACUUUCACGUUUGGGUGUGGCUAAGGACUUGGGAGAUAGUGUUGGAUUUUUGGCUGGAACUUUAUCUGAAAUCUUGCCGUUAUGGGCAACUCUUCUUGUGGGUGCUAUUCAGAAUUUUAUUGGGUAUGGCUGGGUUUGGCUCAUCGUCACCGGUCGAUCUCCUACUCUUCCCUUAUGGGUUAUGUGCAUUCUUAUAUUUAUAGGUACAAAUGGCGAAACCUACUUUAAUACAGCCGCACUUGUCUCAUGUGUGCAAAAUUUCCCUAAAAGUCGCGGUCCUGUUGUGGGAAUACUUAAGGGAUUCGCUGGCUUGGGUGGUGCAAUUAUGACUCAGAUAUAUGCGUUGAUCCAUUCCCCAGAUCAUGCUUCACUUAUAUUUAUGGUUGCCGUUGGACCUGCAAUGGUGGUUAUUGCUCUCAUGUUUUUAAUCAGGCCUGUUGGUGGCCACAGACAAGUCAGACCUUCUGAUGGAUUCAGCUUUUCAUUAAUUUACAGCAUUUGUAUUAUUUUGGCUUCUUACCUGAUGGGUGUCAUGCUUGUUCAAGACCUUGUUGACGUGAGUCACACCGUCACUACAAUCUUCACAGCUAUUUUAUUCGUUCUAUUGGUAAUCCCGGUGAUGAUUCCCAUCUCCUUGAGCUUCUCUCAAGCGACAAGAGGACCAUCAGAAGAGACUCUUCUAUCUGAGUCACAAAAACAAGAUCCUGGU